AUGAAUUUUUUGCCAUCCUUCAUAUUAAGUGACGAAUCUAAGGAACGUUUCAAUAGAAUUUUCAAUCUUGCUCAUACUGCUGCUCAUUACGGUUGGAUUCCAUUCGUGCUAUACUUGGGUUGGGCUCAAACACCAAACAAACCAAAUUUAUUGAACCUAUUAUCGCCACUACCUAGUGUAUAA